AUGGCCUCAGCAGCAAAAAGGGGAUUGCUGCAGCAACAAAAGUGUUGGUUGCCUUUGCUGCUGCUUCAUCUCUGCAUAACAUUUUCUUCUUCUCUUGAUUUACACAAAAAUAAUAGAGCUGGGGGCCCCUCCUCAGGGGCCCCCCUACUACCUGAAGAUCCUCUGUCUAUUUCAGCUGUACAUACACAUCAAAUAGUAGAGAAGCAGCAAAUAUUGUCUGUUGAAGAGCUCCUAGAAACAGCAGCAAAGGAGCACUGGCAGCCAACGGAUGCGCUGCAACAAAGGGGGGCCUCACUGGGGGCCCUAGCUAAGCUGAAGCAGCAGCAGCAGCAGCAGCAGCAGUUCGUAGACGCAGCAAGUAAAGCAAGACAUGCAUUUCAAGUUUGUCAGGAAGAUCAAACCAGCGAAAUAUGCACAAAGGCGAGGGAAGAAGCAAAGGAAGCGGCUGCUGCAGUUCGGGGCCCCUCCAUUGGGAAGUUUAAGCGGCCUCAGACUGAAGAAAAACAAAAAGAAGAAAAAGCACAAAAAAUCAAAGAAGAUGAAAAAGAUGAAGACAAACAAACAAAGAAACAUAACCCAGACAUAUCCUCAUCUGAAGCAACCCCCAGCAGCAGCAGCAGCAGCAGCAGCGGCAACAGCAGCGGCAGCAACGGCAGCAGCAGCAGUCCAAUUGACGACGGCAUUGCGAUUGACAGCACCGACAGCAGCAGCAGCAGCAGCAGCAGCAGUUUGACGAAGGAAGGCAAGGAAGAAGAGGAGGAUAUGGUGGAGAAUAAAGCAUCAGAGACCUCAGCAUCAUCACCAGCAGCAGAAGCAGCAAAAGAAGCAGAAGCAGGAGCAGCAGCAGAAGCAGCAGAAGCAGCAGAUUCAUCUAUGCUGCAGCUGAGGGGUGUUAUUGGUAGUAUCUGGGACACUUUGUUUGGCGGUGCAGGCACAGGCAAUGCUGAAAACUUCGAAGGAGGCAAUCAGGGGUCUUACUUUAAUUUCAUGUAUCCUUCAGAUAAUGAUUAUCCUUGGGCUUGUGUAUGCGAUGAGGGACAGUAUCAGCAGUGGCUUAAUAAAGAGGUAAUUUCAGGUGUAUACGCAGCUUAA